GCCUCAUCCAGAGGGGAAAUGGCUCCAUGGAGAAGGAGCUGGAGGAACUUAGACGCAGUAGACCCAAACCACCUGUGGGUGGUGACUUCACCCUCAGCGACUGUUUCUAUUUCACCAGAAGAGGGAUCGAGAGCAUUGUAGAGGAUGAGGUGACCCAGCGGUUCACCUCUGAGGAGCUCGUCUCCUGGAACCUACUGACUCGCACCAACAAUGAUUUCCAGUACAUAAGUCUGAAGCUGACUCUGGUCUACGGCCUUGGUAUCGUGGUCAGAUACUGCAUCCUUGCUCCACUUAGGAUAACGCUGGCCUGCAUCGGUUUGAGCUGGUUGGUGAUCGGAACAUCAGCAGUUGGAUUACUCCCGAACUGGAAGAUAAAGUUGUGGCUCAGUGAGUGGGUCCACAUCAUGUGCUACAGGAUCUGCGCUCGAGGCCUGUCUGCUACCGUCCACUAUCACAACAGAGAAAAUAAACCAAAGAAGGGAGGAAUCUGUGUCGCUAAUCACACCAGUCCGAUCGACGUGGUGAUCCUCUGCAAUGACGGCGGCUAUGCCAUGGUGGGUCAGGUCCAUGGAGGGCUGAUGGGGGUUGUUCAGAGAGCCAUGGUGAGAGCUUGUCCUCAUAUCUGGUUUGAGAGAUCGGAGAUGAAGGAUCGCCACCUAGUGACUAAAAGGUUGAAGGAUCAUGCGACUGACAAGAAAAAGCUACCCAUAUUAAUAUUUCCUGAAGGAACCUGCGUAAACAACACGUCCGUCAUGAUGUUUAAAAAGGGAAGUUUUGAAAUUGGAACUACGAUACACCCCGUAGCCAUCAAGUAUGAUCCAAAGUUUGGAGAUGCUUUCUGGAACAGUUCCAAGUACAGCAUGGUGAGUUACCUGCUGAGGAUGAUGACCAGUUGGGCCCUCGUCUGUAACGUCUGGUACCUGCCGGCCAUGCACCAACAGGAUGGAGAGGAUGCUGUCCAGUUUGCCAACAGAGUGAAAUCAGCCAUAGCUCACCAGGGAGGGCUGGUGGAUCUACAGUGGGACGGAGGUCUGAAGAGAGCAAAGGUGAAGGAGACCUUCAAGGAGCAGCAGCAGAAGAAGUACAGCAGCAUGGUGGUGGGAGACGACAGCAGCAGCAGCAGCAGCAGCGACUGAGAUCAUUUCCAGCCGGAAGGACAAACCCUUCGACUGAAGAGCAGCAAAUAAAAUCCUUCACAUCAUCCGGACCCAAUGCUGUUUAGCCAAACAGGCUUUUGUAGCUCUGAUUUAUCUCAGUGGGGGAAAACGUGCAAUAUUGAACAUUAUUAGAGCAGAGAAGGAAAGGAAACGCUGUUUAUUUUUAAUACUGCUCACGAUUUGUUGUGAUAAAAAUAUCUGUAGAUUUGUGCUUAAAGAACUAAGAAACUGGAAA